AUGAAGCAAAAGUAUAAGGAUAUGAUGGAUGCCUAUAACGAAAAGCAUGUAGCCGAAGACUAUGCUCAGUGGAAAGCGGAGAUCGAGUUACGGCGGUUCAAUUUUAGUGACAAGAAGAAGCCAGGUCGAAAGCGAAGCUGGAAAUACACCAAGGCGACUGGAAAGCAGGAGCGGGAUUCGAAAGGCGAGAUCGACUGGAGCAAGAGAAUCCCUGGGCAUAUUGAGUGGGUGAUCCGGCUGGCGGGUGGAAAUGAGUACAAGGAAGGGAUUAGGCCGCCGCCUCUGGAGCCGGGAAAGGAAGAACCUGUUGACGUUAUUUGGCGGGAAUGGUCGAAGAAAACAACGAAGGAAAAGCAGGUCAAAUUGGUACAGGAAGAAGCCGACGACGACGACCUCGGUGAUCUUAAUGUAGAUAAUUUGCCGUCUUCAGCACCGCCGAGUUGGUUCGAAUCGGCGAUAAAAUUCGUGGUGCUGAGGAAGUUACAGGGACCUAGAAGCUUACGUAAGAAAUGUGACGAAGACUUUUGGCCCCAUGUUCCGUAA